AUGGCUGGCGCUGCGGCGGAAGGCGGGGCGCCCGAGAAUGCCGGGCAGGGAUGGGCCCAGCUGUCCGACGACCUUUUGAUUUCAAUCAAGACCGCCUUCGUGCGCGAGUGCGGCUCAUCCGACGAUCUGCUCAAGCUGGCGCGCCUGAUCAACCGCCACUGGUGCAAGUGGGCGUCCCUGUCCUUCGACUUCCUGGCGCCCAGGAUGGUGCCCCUGCCCGUCGUCGAGCGGUCGAUCAAGGAGCGCUUCCUGAACGUGACGGGCCUGCGGCUGCGUGUGGCCGGCCAGGAGCUGGCCAUGCUGGCGUCCGUGCCCCAGAUCACGCACGUCGACUUUUCCUGCUGCCCCCGGAUCACGGACGCCUGCCUGGGCCGCCUGACGCCCCUGACGGGCCUGGAGCGCCUGGAGCUGCGCAACAACGGCCGGAUCACGGACGAGGGGCUGGGCGUGGUGGCGGAGCUCGCUACCCUGAGGCGCCUGAGCCUGAACGGCUGCCAGCGGGUGACAGACGCCGGCCUGGCGCGCAUCGGCCCCCUGCUGGCACUGGAAGCGCUGGAAGUCCGAGGCAACGCGGCCAUCACGGACGACGGCGUGGCGUCCCUGUCCGCCCUGGCCUCGCUCACUGACCUGGACCUGCAGGAGUGCACCACUGUCACCGGGCGCGGCCUGGAGGCGCUCGCAGGCCUCACCAGGCUGUCCCUCAUGCGCUGCGGGAGCGUCAACGACUCGGGCGCGGAGGGCGUGGCUUGCCUGGGCUCGCUGAAGCACCUGGAUCUGGGGGAGUGUUUGGAGGUGACGGACGCCGGGCUGGCGGCCGUGGGCCGGCUGACCUGCCUGGAGCACCUGAGCCUGCGCAAGUGCCACAAGCUCACCGGCCGGGGCCUCAGGGCCCUGGACGCGCUGGGAGAGCUGCGCCACCUGGACCUGGGCCAGUGCGACGGAGUGGAGGCGAGGGGGGACGACUUCCUCGCGGCGCUGUCCUCGCUGGAGCACCUGGACCUAAGCCGGUGCGACAAGGUGGCCAACGAGGGGCUUGCCGGCGUGGGCACCCUGAGGGACCUCAAGUUCCUGAGCGUCAGCCACUGCUACAGGGUGGGCGACGAGGGCAUGGGCCACCUGGCCCACCUCAAAGGCCUGCGCAGGCUGGAGGUCGUGUGCUGCUACAAGGUGACCGACGCGGGGAUGGCAUCCCUGGGGAAGCUCGCCGAGCUGGAGCACCUGAACCUGAGCUUCUGCAGGAAGGUGACGGACGAGGGCACGGCGCACCUGCGGGGCAUGAGGGCCCUGCGGCACCUGGAGCUGACGGGGUGUGAGAGGCUGAGCGUGGAGGAGGUCAACAACCUGAGGGGGUUGCCAUCGAUGGCGACCGUGAAGAUGGAUGAGGGCGUCGCGGCGGACCGGUGCGCGACGGCCCAGGUGGACGACCUGGCGCCGCUGCGCGGCCUGCCGGGGUUCAACAAUAAACUGGUGCCGGCGUCCAUCGCGCCGGGCCUCAAGGCGUGCUCCACUCUGGCGUCCAUCGACCGCCACGAGUCCGGCAUGCGGCCGGCAUAUUUGUCCGGGUGA